UGUGUCUCCGCCCACCUGUGCUCCGGUGACAGUAGAACGGAACACCGGGAGAACAUACCAGAAACCCCCUGAGCAUCAGACCAGCACACACUCAUACACUUCCACCAAAGUCAUGCAACCGGCAACUGCUAAAUGGUACGACCGACGGGACUUUGUCUUCAUUGAGUUCUUGGUGGAGGACAGCAAAGAUGUGAAAGUAAAUUUUGACAAGUUGAAAUUUGGUUUCAGCUGUCUCAGUGGGAUGGAUAAUAUUAAGCACUCAAAUGAAAUCGAUCUCUUUGAAGCCAUCGAUCAAGAUGGAUCCAAACACAGGCGCACAGACCGGUCGGUGUUGUGCUGUUUACGGAAAGCAGAGACGGGGAAAUCCUGGCCUAGGUUAACAAAAGAGAAAGCAAAGCUUAACUGGCUUAGUGUUGACUUCAACAACUGGAAAGACUGGGAAGAGGAUUCAGAGGAGGAAUUGUCCAAUUAUGAUAACUUUUCAGAGAUGAUGGGCAACAUGGGAGGAGAGGAUGAUUUACCUGACCUAGACGGAGCAGAUGAUGAAUCUGCAGAUAGUGAUGAUGAGAAAAUGCCAGAUCUAGAAUAAAGCUACUGGCACGUUUAGGACAGACUGAAGAGGAGGGGGAUGAUAUACAAAUGAGAACGGGAAGCUGUCACCUAAACUGUAUAUGAUCUCAAAGAGAGCAAAGCUGAAUUCAAUGAGACCAGUGGAUUCAUAAGCAUCACCUCUGACCACUCAGUGGCUGCACUCCAGAAGAUCGACAUAACCCUCCAUUGGGAGUUAAUAUGCAUAUUGCUGUUCAGAGCUUCUUUGUCGCUCUUCUAAUAAGCAGUCCUGGCUUUUUUGUUUUAAUCUGUUAUACUACAAACAUAAUGUGUACUUAAACUGUUCUGGAAAACUGCACUGUAUUCGUAUUUUUCAACCGAAAAGCAAUAGAUGUGAUGGAGUUUCUUUUUUUCCUUUUUUUUUUUUUUUUUUCUCAUUCUAAGGCAUUGUAAUUAAAAUGAAAAGUGAAACACAAAAUGUGUCUUUUAAACCAUGGAGAGGUAAAGGGAGUUGAUGUCUUGUGAAAUCAGUGUAGUUUAUGAUCUUGUGAUUAAACCAUGAGAAUAAUGAAUGAUUUUGAAAAUUAAGUACCAGUUAUUACCAUUUCCUGUGGUCUACUUCGAUUUAUAAGACCCAUCUCCCUACUUCUCUUCGUCCUUCUAACACUAGAUGAAAGUAGAUAAAACACAAAAGUCUCUUGAAAUGGUAACAUUUGUUAGUUGGUUGUUAAUAUCUGAUGGCUGACUCAGUAAUCAGUGUUUCAAAAAGUCUUGUGCUAUCCUUAUAACAACUAUUCUGGCACCUUGGUUGGUAUUGAAUCAUUGUCUUUCAUCUCAUCACUGCAGAAUGAUGUUAUCGUGUGAUGUCUUGAAAUGUUAAAGACUGGUAAGUAGAAUGGUGUUGUAUGUUGGCAAUCCAGUAUAAAGACAAAAAGACCAAAUAAGUUUGCACUAUCAAAAAUUAGUGGGGCAACAGUGUUAGAUGGCUAGUUUUGUGUCAAUAUGCACAUUGCUGGUUGACUCCUAUCAUGUUUUCAAAAAAUGGCUUUCAAUUUUGUCUACAUAUUUCUAAUAAACUGCUCAAUACUUCCCUUUCA